AUGCAUCCUAUUGCUGUUGCUGCUAUUGUAGUCUCUGGUCUUAUCGUCAUUUGGGGCGGCUAUGAAGCAGUCAAUACGUUGUAUGAAUGGCGCCGUGAUAGACAAGAACAAAGAGAAUAUGAAGAAUAUGUUCGAAUGCAUACUGAAAAAUCAAGACAUGUACCAGUCACUGUAUUUGAAAAUGAAGACGACGACGAUGAUGAUAACAAACCACUUUCUAUCUGGAAAGAAAAAGACUAUGAAUUAAGGCAUCGAAGGCAAUUUGAAGACGAAGAACAAGAGACCAAUUAUAACAUUUCUGAAAUGGAGCGCUCUAUUUCUGUUCGCAAAAGCAUACUAGAAAGGGAAAAUGAGUUAUUACUAAAAGAGGAAAAAGAGCUAGAGCGAAAAAGACAAUUACUAAAUGCCAAAGGAAACAAUAUUACAGGUGUUGUGAUCGAGGAAGACGACAAUCCUUUUGCAGACAUUUAUUCAAAGCAACUAUCAGACGAUGAUUGGACAGAAGUACAUCACUAA